AUGACGUCGAAUAUAAUACUCUUCGAGGACAUUUUUGUUGUUGGCGAGAUCAACCCAGAUGGUAAAAAAUUCGAUAAAGCUUGUCGGAUCGUAGCACGUAGCCAAAACUGUGACAUGUCCAUGCAACUCGAUAUCAACAACGAAAUAUAUCCGAUGGAUGUGAAUGACAAAUUCACGAUGGCAUUGGCAUCUACGCUGAAUUACGAUGGGACACCUGACACUGGCUAUUACAAUGCAGCGAAAAGGAAAAACCUUGCGGACAAAUAUGAAUAUGUCAUGCACGGGAAGCUAUACAAGCUAUCGGAGGAAGGUUCAGGAAGAUCGAUUACAGCGGAAUUAUAUGCUUCAUUUGGUGGGCUUCUAAUGUGUCUCAAAGGGGAUCCUUCUCAUGUAGCUCACUUUGAGCUUGACCAGAGAGUGUUCCUUCUGAUAAGGAAGAUCAACAAGUGA